UUAAACUACAAUUAUUCUUGUACCUUGUACCUUAAAGUCCAUUCGCUAAAACGCAUACUAUGAAACGAUAGCUGAGAAGCUGAGGUAUUCAAUUACUAGAUUGUCUGUUCAGUAAACGCGAGGGUCUGAUGCUGACUUUUCGUAACAAUUUCUCGAAUUCACAAGGCGCUUUUAAUCAUGUCUAACAGUACUCCACGGAUACAGAGCAGAAGUAAUGAUAAAGAACAAGACGAGAAAUUGCUGGAGCCCUUUACCUACAUCUGUCAAAUACCUGGAAAGAAUAUCAGAUCGAAGUUAACCAGAGCCUUCAAUCACUGGAUGAAAAUACCCGAGGAUACACUAUCUCGAAUCGAAGAAAUUGUUCAUAUACUUCACAAUUCAAGCCUGCUGAUGGAUGACAUCCAAGAUAGCUCUAUAGUUCGUAGAGGUGUUCCAGUUGCUCAUUCGAUAUACGGUGUACCAAGUUCAAUAAACGCAUCAAAUUACUGCCUUUGGAUAGUCUUGGAGAGGGUUUUGGAACUUAACAGACCUGAAGCUGUUAUAGUUUAUAAUGAACAACUUUUGGAAUUGCAUAGGGGCCAAGGAAUGGAAUUAUACUGGAGGGAAAAUUUUUUAUGCCCUAGGGAGGAAGAAUAUAUACAAAUGGCCAAGAGAAAAACUGGUGGUCUUUUCAUGCUAGCAAUACGUUUGAUGCAGCUGUUCAGUGAAGAUAAGUCAGAUUAUACUAACUUAGCAGGAACAAUUGGUUUGUAUUUUCAGAUUCGUGACGAUUAUUUGAAUUUGAAGUCGAAAAAUUAUGCAAAACAUAAGAGCUUCUGUGAGGAUCUGACAGAAGGAAAGUUCAGUUUUCCCAUUAUCCACGCUAUAAAAUCAAAUCCAGAGGAUAGGAGAGUGUCCUAUAUUUUGAGGCAGAGAACGAAGGAUGUGGAUCUGAAAAAGUACUGCAUCACUUUAUUAACCGAACUGGGAAGUUUUGAAUAUACCCUGAGUGUUUUGUGCAAAUUACAAAAAGAAGCAUUAGCUGAAUUGGAUAAAUUAGGUGAUAAUGUCUACAUGGAACAAUUAUUGAACAGUCUAUUCGAAUUGGAAUGAGAAAAUGAAGCUUAUUAUCAGAUUAGUUUCCAACAGAGUAAACUACGAUCACAAUUUUUUCUGUAAUUUCAUUUUCAAGUAUUUGUCUUCUGGUUGUCCAUUCAAUAAAUUUUGUAUUUUACUGUAUAUCAAAAAGAUGGCAUUGUUCUGCAAUAAAGUAAUAUAAUUUCGA